AUGCUUGGUGCCGUUCACGAAGACUCGGACGCGAACGAAAUGCGCUUAUCUGGGGAAAAUCUUGAGCGGGCUCGUCAUCGCUUCGCACUUCAGCAGGCCUCGCGAGCCUAUACCCAUCUCUCCCAACGUCAGUCGAACGACCCUCAGGGCCGGGAAGUUAUAUUGAUAUGCUGCCUGCUUUUUGUCUUGUCCGAGUUGUUACUAGGACAGUAUGAUAAGGCCUUCCAACAUCUACAUAGUGGGCUUCGCAUCCUCAAAGAGACAAAGGACUAUCAUUCAAUAAUUGGUAUGCAUCUGGUCCAUAUCUUCGAACGACUCGAUAUCGAAUCCGCCCAUUUCGGGCCUGGCACUCCAUUUUUAUUCAUUAAUGAUGGCAUGCAUACUAUAGACCAUUUUUCUAGAAUGGAAAGUAUAUCAGAUGUGCACCAAAGCGUGACUCUUCUCUUGAACAUGGGUAUCCCAUUUCUCGCCCGAUGCUGGCCAUCCUCCGCUAUUGAAAUUGCAGCAGGAUACAACGAGUUAUUCCAGAAGCAGCAACAUAUUCUGUCCCUGAAUUAUGAAUUCCAACAACAUCUGAGGAUAUUCUAUCGCGACUUCUAUCACACCCUUCGUGGCCGUGACAAACUCGGUGUUGAUCUACUUCAACUCCAGAGUCUUGGACAGAUCCUCAGUUUAAAGACCUGUCUCAUCAAAGGUCCCGUACCUGCAAGCUUAACACCAGAAUAUAUGAGCCUAUUAUCGGCACAUCAGGCAUUUUUAGCCAAGUGUUUCGAUCGCCCAACCUUUACUUUAGACUACGGCGUUAUCCCAGGUUUAUGGGUGGUAGCCUCGCAGUGUCCAGACUAUUCAAUUCGAUUGCAGGCAAUCUACACCUUACACACCUGGCCUCAUUGCGAGGGGAUCAUUAAUUCUAAUUUGAUUGUCUCGAUGGCUUUAAGUUAUCUGAAAGCAGAAUUGCGGACUCAUGGUCAAUUAUACAGCUCGAUUAUAGAUGCUGAUAUGGAAGAGGAAUUAUCCAGGUUUCUAUUUGACAUAUUGGAGUCAAAGCAGCGGGUGACGAAAUGGUCGUUCAUUCGCGGAACUGAACUGAUUUCCAAAUGUUCUUAA